GAAGGUGGGCAUUCACUUUAGUAGAUCUGAAUUUCCCAGAGCCAGAACCCUGUGUGUGGGCAGAGCCACUGAAUUCCCGGACAGCCGAUUCCCGGAUUUGCACCCACGCGGGCUUAACAGCAGGCUGCGGGCGCCCUCUGCUGUCUCCGUCUGGACUGGCAGCCAAGCCAGGAGAACCGCUUCCCACCAUCCAGACGCUGCUGGGGCUAAGUCACAGGCAAAAAGGCGAAGGUUACCAGUCUGUGGCUCUCUGCGGAAUGUUUAGAAUUGAGGGGGGAGACCAUAGCCUCCUCAGAGUCUGCGCCAACGAGUGGGACUGGCCCAGCUGACCCCUAGAACACAGUACCUUCCAAGGACUGUUUUCUGGAGGCAGAAAGACUAGAGGACUGAGCAAAUGAAGAGGUCUUGUUGCUCACGGGGUGGGAGUGAAUGUGGAACAAAAAAGAAAGAACCUCUCUGGAGAGGUCCCAGAGAUUCCGUUCUCCCCGGAGGCUCUUCCAGCUUGUAAACCUCGCCCCACACCACUGCCGAAGGUGACCGCUAGGAAGCUGCAGCUGAGGGAGGCAGAUAUUCUUUACCAGGAAUUCUGGGAGUGAUCUCUGAGAGACUGCUAGGCGCUGAGGUGCAGAAAUGCGUACUGUCCCUGCCUUUAAAGUCCCGGAAGCAUCAACAGCGGACGACGACCCGACCAGCUCACCGCACUACCAGGACUGGAGGAAAGCAGGGAUGACGCGGCAUGCUUACAAUCCAGCAUUCAGGAGGCUGCGGCGGGAGGGUCUGGAUAAGACUAAAUCCAGCCUGGGCUACAUAGGGAAGCUGUAUUUAUAUUUCAAAACAAACAUCAGCAAAGUACAGUGAGGGGGAAGAGAAAAGGGCCAGGGCCGGGAUUCAUUACAUGUAUGCAGCAGGUCAUCGCUGUGUUGGAUAACAUGAGUCUAAGGAAUGUCCUGUCCUUUCCAACACGUUUCCUCCAGUGUCUUCACACUCCAGCCUCACCCUAGUCUGCCUAAGUUGAACAUUUUGACAGCUACUGAAACUGUCUCCUGCCCUCCUGCUCCUCCAAAGGAACUGGGGGUCUGGAAGGAGAUGCCAGUCAGAAGCCCCCUCCCUGCUCAUUUUCUGGACUUGAAAGUCAUGGCCCAGUUCUCCAGAUAUGUAAAGGGACCCUCCCCUUCCCCCCUCCACACACACCCAAGUGCUGGAACCAUUGCAGGAACCUGAAAAGGCCUGUCCCCUCUUGAGAUUGGAACACUCAUAAGUCAUUCUAGCCUUGCUACUUCCCAAUGCUUCCUCUCACAGGCUCAGGGAGGCCACUAAAACUGGGCAGGGGGGUAGCAUGCUUUAUAGGGCCCACGCAAAGACCACCCGAGGACACGCUGUAUGAGAGGACAGCGCGUGUCUCUGAAACCCAGCCUGCGGCCCACGUCCACGUACUCCAACAGAUAACCUCUUCAUCAACACCGGCUUUGUGUUAACGCUGCUGUCUUCACAAGAAAGGGGCCGCGCGGCAGUGGCCUCAGAGAUUAUGGGCUGUGAGCUGCCCAUGUCAGAGAGAGCCGUCACUCUGGAGUGUGAGAGAAGACACUCAGGAUGGCUCAGGGAUCCGGGGACCAGAGAGCAGUGGGGAUUGCUGAUCCAGAAGAGAGUUCUCCCAACAUGAUUGUCUACUGCAAAAUCGAGGACAUCAUUACGAAGAUGCAAGAUGACAAGACAGGGGGUGUGCCCAUCAGAACGGUCAAGAGCUUUCUCUCCAAAAUCCCCAGUGUCGUCACAGGUACGGACGUUGUACAGUGGCUUAUGAAGAACCUUUCCAUUGAGGACCCAGUUGAAGCAAUACACCUGGGAAGCCUUAUUGCUGCCCAGGGCUACAUCUUCCCAAUCUCAGACCACGUUCUCACCAUGAAAGACGAUGGCACCUUUUACCGUUUCCAGGCUCCUUACUUCUGGCCUUCCAACUGCUGGGAACCUGAAAACACUGACUACGCUAUCUACCUCUGUAAGAGGACGAUGCAGAACAAAGCGAGGCUGGAACUGGCAGACUACGAAGCCGAAAACUUAGCGAGACUCCAGCGGGCCUUUGCGAGGAAGUGGGAAUUCAUCUUUAUGCAAGCAGAGGCACAAGUGAAGAUUGACCGGAAAAAGGAUAAGACAGAGAGGAAAAUCUUGGAUAGUCAAGAACGGGCCUUUUGGGAUGUCCACAGGCCAGUGCCAGGCUGUGUGAACACAACGGAAAUGGAUAUCAGAAAAUGUCGACGUUUGAAGAAUCCUCAGAAGGUUAAAAAGAUAACGUUUUUGAACGCACAGAUUGACAGACAUUGUUUGAAAAUGUCCAAAGUGGCUGAAAGCAAAGAGCCCAGCCAGCAGCGGGUAAAACGAUGGGGCUUCUCUUUUGACGAGAUACUGAAGGACCAGGUGGGGCGGGACCAGUUCCUUCGAUUCCUGGAGUCGGAAUUCAGUUCAGAAAAUCUCAGGUUCUGGCUGGCUGUCCAAGACCUCAAGAAGCAGCCUUUACAGGACGUGGCCAAGAGGGUGGAAGAAAUCUGGCAAGAGUUUCUAGCUCCAGGUGCCCCGAGUGCCAUCAACCUGGAUUCCCACAGCUAUGAGAGAACCAGUCAGAAUAUCAAAGACGGAGGCAGAUACACAUUUGAAGAUGCCCAGGAGCACAUCUACAAGCUGAUGAAGAGUGACAGCUACGCUCGCUUCCUGCGGUCCAAUGCUUACCAGGACCUGUUGCUGGCCAAGAAGAAGCCAGAAAGUGAGCAAGGUCGUAGAACUUCCCUAGAAAAGUUCACGCGCAGUGUGUGCUGCUGGCGCCGCGUCAGAAUGGCCGCCGCGUUUCACCCCCGAGGUGGCUUCCUUCCAGCAGUGGGGAAAGUCGCUGGCGGGCAAGCGCCUCACGGGCCUGAUGCAAUCCUCCUGACUGUCCCCACCCCAGGGCCUGGGCCUGCAGAGCACCCGGGCAGGCGGCGCUCCACGUCCAACGACAGAGCUUCCUUGCGGGGAGAUUUGGUCACUGUGAAGGAGAAAGAGUGAGGGCCACGGAUUGCAAUGGUGGGGAGACGCGGUGGGUGAAUGGGGAAGACCAGGCAGAAAGAGUAGCGGUGCUGGGCCAGCCAGGGAGAGGCCCCGUUGAUGCCUCUCUCGUGUACAGUCUCACGUCAACGCUUAUUCUCUCCAAGGGCCCAUUUCUAACUUGGCCAGGGGAUGUUUCGUGGGGCCUGACUACCACUUGAGAUGUUAAACCUCACCUGUCCAGUCGUCUGGGAAACCAUGGCUUUCAGCAAACUUCAGAGGGAUGAGCGGACCCGGGCACAUAGUAUUACGCAUCACCUCCAUAGUCUCUCUGUUGCACUCACUGCCUCCUGCCUUCCCCCAACUGGUAGCCACCCAGGUGUAGUGGACGGACGACAGACACUGCUUUCACAAAAAUGUCAAACGUCACACCUUCAGCACCUGGCACUCCAAGUUCUUUCCACCCUGAGACCAAAUUUAAAGGAAGUCUCUGUGGGUGUGGUGGCCACCCACAGGUCCCCUCAAAUGUCCAAGGGUCCAGUGCAGACGAUGGAGUGUGUUGCUCAGCCACUGAAGGUUCUGGUGACAAAUCUUAAAAAUAUGAUUUCUCCUUGUCUAAUGGUUUUGCCCCUUGCACCUUGGUUUGUUCCCUCAUGUUUUACUCGAAAUAAACGUGGCCAUAAACUCAGGGGCCAUUGGGCUUCUCCCCACCGGUAGCCCAAGUUCCUGGAGGUGGAUGGACUGUGGGGCUAGCACCAGGCCUGGCCAGACUCUUGGUGGGUUAAGGUUCAGCUGUUCCUGAAGCUAAAACACGAUAUGCACAAUGGCAGGACUGGGCCAGAGCCACAGGUUCCCUUUCUCGACCUCAUUCUGAGGGCCCAGCCAAAGCACCCUGUUAAACGUAGCCAAUCAUCUAGCUAAGAGCAAACUGUGUAAGACCCUGCAAAAGAUCUGUCUUCUUCCUGUGUGUCAGAACAACCAUUUGCCAACCUGGCUGUGAAGUCAUGCCCAGAAAGCGCCACGUCAGGUCCUGAACGCAUAGGGGGUGCUUAGCAAAUGGUAGGUAGCACAGGUGUCAAUUCUUGUGGUUGCCACAAGCCCUCAGACACUGCUGUAGUAAGCAACAUGCUUUUAAAGUCAAACACGGCCUCCCACACACCUUCCCUGCCAAUACCUGUUUGUUGGCCCCUUCUUUCGAUCUAUUUUGGCCAUAGGUGAAAACUCUUCCUUGGGACUAUAUAAACAGGGAGGGAGGGAGGGAAGGAAGGAAGGAAGGAAGGAAGGAAGGAAGGAAGGAAGGAAGGAAGGAAGGAAGGAAGGCAGGCUUGUGAAAGCAAGCUCACCAGCUGGUGACCAAAGGCACAAGUGUUUGUUCAGUCCCAGCCUCCUGGGUGCACCAUGUGACCCAUCCACCUAGCCCCCACCCGCAAAACCUGCCCAUACCUGCUUCUACACAACAACCAGAUCCACAAGCCUUCUGUCCAUCCAUCACAGGGGAACCACCACGGGCACUUAGAUCCCACCCUCUAAGAUUCCUAACCCCCACUUCUGUCUCCCAUUCCUCCUUUUCUCCUUGAGAUAUGGUAGAAAUCAGAAGGGGCCUCCCAAGGCGACUGUAAACACUCAGACUCUAGUCAGCUGCUCCCACCGAGCCUGGCACUUUGUAAAUAGUAGGUGAUCCCAUGAGUAAUAAGUGAAAGAAGGGAAGCCACAACCCGAGUAAUGGAGUCUUCUAACUCUUCCUCUCUAGUUCUUUAAAAAAAAAAAAAAAUCCUCUACACAGAACCCUUCAGCUUCUGAACAAAAUUGUAGUCCAAGUUCAUCUCCACUCAAAAUUGCCCAAAGGAAACUCUUGCCUACCAAGGGUCCGUAGGCUGUCCUGACACCAAGAUAUCUGAUGUUCUCAAACAAUGGGUACAUCUGUGCCCUCAGCCAUCCAGGACAAGGAUUCUGGCUGCGUCCUGCCCCUUCCAUGAACUCCAGAACACAUGCUAAGCCAGGCUACAUCCUGGAUAAGGCCGACUUCUUGUCUGUGGCUUUUGUGCCCCUUUUUCUGCCCCAAUUCUUGUCCGCUGUUUCUACAUUAUGCAACCAGAAAACUGAUCCGGCUCUGGAGGUCGCCACAUGGCCUACCCAGAGCCAGGUAUACUCUAGUCCUGAGCGGAAUGGGAGGCAAGCUUCUAAACACCCUCAGAGGACAGAAGAGAGGAGUGUCAGCAGGUCAAUAGCGCCACGGACGGACACUUCAGAUGGAUUCCAGCCUGGAGCAAUAAGCCCCCCAACACCACACCUCAUAUCACGACAGGGGUGACCUCAGUGUGUGGCCACUAUGAUGUGUUCCUUAGUAGAUCAGGCAAGGAGCUAAGGAAAUAAAACAAAGCCGCUCAACUCAAGUUGACAAACCUAAGUCAGUUUGAUAUGCAAAGAUUUGAAAAAUUGGGUAUAAACCAGCUUCCCUUUGACCUGGUACACACAGACAAAAAAUCUAUAUGUUUGGUAAUCAUUUUUUCAGCAAAGCAGAUUCCUCCCUCCACCCCAUCCUGGCCCCCAGAAGCCUGCUGGGCUCUCCUAACCCAAUAUGGUCUCUGAGAUGAGACUCUACCCCAUGAUGACUUGUGGAGAAAAUAACAUUUUGGCAACUUCCCCAAUCUCAGUCCGUGAGACACCUAUGGCCAAGGCAGGGGACAAAAGCUGAAAUAAGGUUUCCCUGCAUGAGAAGAACAGAGCUGGGAGAUUGUACACCUAAAUGCCCAGCUCACUGCAACACCAGCCUGGCCCAGGUAGGCAGGAGAAACCACCUGCCAGUCUAGAAAGUAGCAUGGCAAUUGUCAUUCCCCCUGGCAAGCUAUUGCUGUGCCCCAGAAACAAAGGGAGGUCCAACCCAAAGUACAGUUAGUGAAGUGUAUUACACGCUUGCCCACAGCUCAGUAGCUAGGUACCAGGCUAGUACCCAGGAAGGGCCUCCUACAACGUAAGUUGCUGCUUGGACUAGCCAGACUCAUGGGAUGUGCCCAACAGGAUUCCUGGGAUGUUCAAACUACCUCACCAACAGGAUAUAGAACCAGGAGCCUGGCCCCCUUGCUUGUUGUGCAAGUUGGUGUGUUUUCCUGAAAUGUGUCCUCCUGUUCUGUUCUACAUGUGUGGGCUUCAGAAGACAGCACCUAGAAGCCUUUUCCACAAGUGGGAAAGAAUCAGAGGCUGUCCAUCUUUGGGCCCUGGGGAAUUUAUUGGAGGAAAAAGUUUCAACAAGGUACAGGAAGUGGGGAAGCCCAGGGCUGGGGUGAAAUAGCAUGUCACCAGCCUCUUAAAAGGACCUGGCUGAGAUGAAUAUGUGGCAAGGACCGUGGGAUAGUUGGAGCAGUGGUCAAAUAAACUGCUAAUAACUUACCACCAGACCCUCUAAAAAGAGGCCUGUGCUCAUGUAACCAUGGCAACAGCAGAUGCCAGCAACUUACUCAUUAGUGCCACCCAGUGAUAAGGCCUCCCCUGGGCAAGACCCAGGGGCCAUCUAGUAGCAAAGUAGCAAAUGUAGCAAUAAGAGACAGGGACCCUGGGGUGGCAGGAUCCAGAUAACUGGGGCUCAGCCUUCCCCAAGCCACAGUGAGGGGGCAGAACCAGCUGCCAUCAGCUGUCCAGGUGGGGGAGCCCUGCCCACACUCAGGGUCCCUGUUCUAUAGCCUACGACUAUUCACCGCAUGACCACAGACGUCGGAAUGGCCUCCUAGUAGUGCAUGUGGUUCUCAUUAGUUUAUUUUUCUGGAAUUUGGGGACUGGACCCCAGGACCAAACAUGCUGGAAACGGUCUAAAAAUAAACAACUACUUGAACCCA